AUGUUUGUACCAGUGCCAUUGACUGACCCAGUGACUCAACUGGGUUUAGAGCCGGGAUUCCGAUUUGACCCCACCGACGAGGAGCUUAUAGUACAGUACCUAUCUCCAAAAGUCGUCGGUGACAAUUUUCGGCUUGUAAUAAUCGCAGAUGUUGAUUUGUAUAAGUAUAAUCCAUGGGAAUUACCUAGUAAGGCAAUGUUUGGCGAGAUGGAAUGGUACUUUUUUAGCCCGAGAGACCGCAAGUACCCGAACGGGACUAAACCUAAUCGAGUUGUGGGGUCUGGUUACUGGAAGGCCACCGGAACAGAUAAGGUGAUCAUGUCGGGGAUCCGGAAGGUCGGAGUUAAAAAGUCAUUGGUGUUCUACAUUGCUAAAGCUUCGAAAGGGUCCAAAACCAACUGGAUUAUGCACGAAUACUGGUUAUUCGAGUCUUCAACAGAGGAUAACAACGGAUCUAGGCUACGUGAAUUGGAUGAUUGGGUGCUUUGCCGAAUCUACGAGAAGAAUUCAAGAAUUGGGAUGAUGAAUUCUGGUGGUCCUAGCACCAAGCAGAGCCAUGACUCUUCAGCAAUGUCAUCGUCGUCCUUGUCGUUCGACAAGGUCCUCAAUUCACACCCUAACGAUAAGUUUUCGAACUUUCCAACCAACCAUUGUGUGAAGACAUUCAGUGAAGAAGAUCAAAAAUUUGAAUCAGAGAAGGAGGACUGGUUGAGUAUAGGUGCAUUCGCUAGUCCGAAUUCGAUCGAUAAUAACAACCUACCGAAUUCGUCUUUUGUUGAUUCAACAUUCAACAUCCAGAUGAAGUAUGUUAAGUCACUAAAGUCGCUGGGUGAUGAAGUUCAAACGGGAAUCCGAAGUCAGAGGAUUGAAAACUCUACUUAUCUGACUUCACCAAGUUUUUCCAAUGCAACGGAUUCGUUUGCUAUACGGUACCCAACCCACCAGAGCAGCUCGGGUUAUAGACCAUGA